UCGUGUGCAAGAUCCGUCACCCCUCUCUGCGCAUCAGCAACUGGCAAACCAACCAACCAACCAACCUUUCGAUGGUGUCACACUACAUCAGAGACCUCUUCAUCACCACUACCUCUCUGUCAAGAGCCUCCUCCUGCUCCUCCUCUUUCUGCUCCUCCUCCUCCUCCUAAUCAUCAUCAUCAUUGUCAUCGUCAUCAUUGGCGCCGUCGUCGUUUGCGUUUGUCAUCAUCAUCAUUGUCAUUGCCAAGGUCACCAUCUUUCUGAAGUCGGAAACAACCUUUCGUCAAGAUGGCGACGGCUUCAGCUGCAUUCAAGUCCCGCGAGGACCACAGGAAACAGAUGGAACUGGAAGAGGCCCGGAAAGCGGGGCUAGCACCAGCCGAACUCGAUGAGGAUGGCAGGGAGAUCAACCCUCACAUCCCACAGUACAUGUCCUCUGCUCCUUGGUACCUUAAUGCACAAAGACCUAGUCUAAAACACCAGCGGAAGUGGAAGUCCGAUCCCAAUUACACGAAAGACUGGUAUGACCGAGGAGCGAAAACGUUUAAAGCUGAGAAAUUCCGCAAAGGGGCAUGCACGAACUGCGGGGCCAUGACCCAUACUGCCAAGCUGUGCAUGGAGAGGCCUAGAAAGAUUGGUGCCAGGUGGACGAAUACCCACAUAGCAGCCGACGAGAAGAUAGAAGUGUUUGAACUCGAUUACGACGGAAAGAGAGAUCGAUGGAAUGGCUAUGAUGCGUCCACGUACGGUCGAGUGAUCGAUACCUUCAUGAAGCGCGAAGAGGCGAGGCAAAGAUACGUCAAGGAGCAGGAACUGAAGAAGAAGUUCUCCUCGAACCCGAGUACCACGGCGACUCCUUCACUUGCUUCCGCGGUUUCUGGAGGGGGCUCCAACACAACAUCGAGCCCGAACAAGAGUGGCAGCAGCAACUGCAGCGGAGGGGUUGACAUCAGCGUUAGUGCUGCUGCUCAGAGGGUGGGAGCAGCAACUGCAGCAGUAGUAGGGUCAUCCUUAACAGACGACAGGAAGGAGCUGGUUAAGCGGGUGGCCGGGAUUGACCUGGAUGAAGAUAGCAGUGAUAGUGACCAAGAGGUGAUGCAGGACGAGGCUCGUGUCGACGAAAGCAAGCAGAUGGACUUCGCCAAAGUGGAGAAGAGGGUUCGAACCACGGGUGGCGGUAGCACCGGCACAGUUCGGAAUCUGCGAAUCCGAGAAGACACCGCCAAGUACCUCAUCAACUUGGAUGUGCAUUCGGCUCAUUACGACCCGAAGACGAGGUCGAUGAGAGAAGAUCCUAACCCCGACGGCGAUCCGAACGAGAAGUUCUACGCCGGCGACAACGUUUAUCGCAACAACGGUCAAGCAUUGGAGUUCAAGCGACUGAACGUCCACGCUUGGGAGGCAUUCGAGAAGGGACAGGACAUCCAUUUGCAAGGCGCACCUUCGCAGGCCGAGCUGUUGUUCAAAGAAUUCAAUGUCAAGAAAGAGAAGCUUAAACAGCUAACAAAGAAGUCCAUUCUUGAAAGAUACGGCAAUGCCGCGGACAACGAUCGGCUCCCCGAUGCAUUGCUUCUUGGACAGACCGAGCGGUGUACAGAAUACGACCGUGCCGGUCGUGUCAUCAAGGGCCAGGACAAGUCUAUUCCCAAGAGCAAGUAUGAGGAGGAUGUGCUAAUCAACAACCACACAACAGUAUGGGGAUCUUGGUGGUGCCCGUCCAAAGGUUGGGGUUACAAGUGCUGCAAGCAGACGUACCGAAACAGCUACUGCACGGGGCAGGCAGGCUUAGCGCUCGCAGAAUCGGCCAACAACAACUACGUUCCUGCUUCCACAACUAACCAGAUUUCACACCUAACACAGACCAAGGACGCCACGCUCGCUAAUCAUCACUCGAGUUCCGCGGUUCCGACUCUUGCGGCCAAUCGCGGCAAUGGCAGUAUCGUCGGAGGCUCUAGCAAAAGCUUGAGGCCACCACCAGAGCAAUGCACCGGCAACAUCAGCCAACCUCACUCUACCCACGGGGACGCUGACACCAUCACCGUCACCAUGCCAACCACUCUUCCAUCUUCCGAGAAGAGAGACGAUGAGGACAACAUCAACGACAACGGCGAUAACUUGAAGAUCAGGGGUCCGAACCACAGUUACAACCAAGGAGACGACCAGUCCACCAGGUCACAGACUCAGUGUGGACGUUGCGGAGUGGGUAAUCCAUGCGAUCAGGAUCCUGUCGUACUAGCCGAGUGCGAGUUCGUACCACCACGAGCGGCAAUAGAGUCUAGUACUAACGCCAAAUUUGACAACCGAAAACUCCGGCAGGCACUUCAGGAGGAAGAGGAGAGAGAAAGUGAAGAUGAGGGAGGGGGGCUUCCUCCUCCAGCAACCGCAGCAGCAGCAGCAUAUUCCAUAGCAGCAGCAGAAAGAAGAGGAGGAGGAGGAGGAGGGGUUCACUAUGGAGGGGGAGGAGGAGGUGAAGGGGUAGAAAAUGGAGGGGGAGGAGGGAUAGCUAGAAUGACAAGUGCACCAGGAGGAGGAAAGACGCCUCGUGCAGAAGCAGCUCUGAUGCUACCAGACGCUACUUGGCUGGACGACGUAACAACACAAAAAGAGGAUGGUAAUCAAGGAGAUAACGACGAAGAAUCGCCGGCAUUCCGUUCAGUACAUAUUGGGGAGAGGGGGGGCGCGCUUGUGAGGGAUGGGCAUGAUCAGAAGGAGAAAGAUGGUUCGAACCAAGGUCAGGACAGUGAUUAUCCUUCCACUGGAGCAUCCUCCUUACCUGUACGAAAUGCUACGACUGCUCCAGCUAAACUAUUAACUCCUGCUUUUCCGUCUCCUCCUGAUCCUUCUUCUCCUCCUUCUCCUCCCUCCGCUGUUUCCACUCCUGCUGAUUCCACUCGUCCUCUCUCUGCUACCACUUUGAAUCCGUUCCCUCCUCCUAUUCCUGCCAAUCCCUCUGCUGGCAGCAAUUUCCACGCCCCAUCCAUUGGCAGCUUACCCUCCGAUCCAGGAGGUGGUGGUCAGACACCUGCUUCUCCCUCCCCUGCAGUUACACCGACCACCCCUCGUCCUCCUCCUAAUGCUUCUACUACUCCCCCGGCGAUCGCGACUCCUAGGACAAGCCCGCCAUCUAAAAUUGCUGGUAUUCUAAAAAAUGUUCAAAAUAUUGCCGAUCGCAGAGCCGCUCACCCAACACUUGGGAGGCCUUUGUCGUAUCAGGAGAAGCUGCUCCACAAGAUAGACCCCUCCUCGGUUGUUUCCACUCCUCUGUCGCUGGAUGUGCAAGCGCUACAAAGUGGGAAAAGAAGACUAUCACCACACCUAUCUCCUCCUAGCGAGGAUGAAAACUCCCCAGCUACUCCUCGUCAUCGUCCCCCUGCCUCUGCCCGUCGUGCUGCUGAUACUGAUGCUGUCGACAGCCUUCCAACCCCGCGCAAAGGGAGUUAUACCUCCCGCCCUGGUCUUCUCUCACCGACCAAAAGUGGGCCUCGACAGGGCUCGAAGACUGGAGAUGAAGACGUUACUCCAGGGCAGCGUGACGAUAAGCGGUCAGUCGAAGAUUUGAGCUCCACAACGGCGAGCUCGCUCCCGGCAACAGCAGUGAAUGCUGAGAACGCGGCCGAAAGUCCGGAACAAUCAAAGGGGCAAACGGCGACACGGCAUGCUUCCCUGCCUACGGCAAUCCCCAUGCGAAUCAGUCCACCACCGAUCACACUCCCAGAAGCUGACGAGAUUCUCGCGAGAGCAGGGGUCAAUACCACCACCACCACCACCACCACCACCUCUCCCCCCUCCACCUUACUCUCCUUUAAACAGAGGUCUGCUAAAGUGGAAACCCCUCGAACGGACAGCCCCAAAUUGGGCGAAUCAAGUGAUCCACUCUCUGCAAGUGGCGAUGGUGGUGCUCCUGCUGCUUCUGCCAUUGCUGGUGGUCAGGAUGUUGAUGGUGGUCCCCACAAAGAGGAUGGGGGUGGAAAGUGGCCAGCCACGCCAUCUGCCGAAACUGAGCAAAACAGUGAAAAGGGCCAAGGAAGACGAGUUAGCAUUUCGACGGAGCUUGGUGUUGCUGAAAGGGAAGGUCGUGGUGGGGACCACAAGCGAGGAAGCUCUCGCCUUGGGCACUGGACAGCUGCCAGGCUGGGCAUGGGCCAGGCUGCUUCCGCCAAACGUCGGCCCAAAGAAAAAGGUAAAGAUAAGGCGUCGGCUGCAGAUCAGAAGGAUGCAAGGAUCACGGACCGGAUCAUUAAGAGUACGUCUUAUCUUCAUUUGGAUGAGAUGACGCUGCCUGUCGGGCAGAUAGAGAUGAAGGUGCAGAGAUCAGCGGGGGGACAGGCGGCACAAAUGGCCGCGGUCGACCUCAGCCGUCCAGAGGACUACAUAAACUUAGGAAUUCGCGAAGCGCAGACGAUUAUGAAAAGCUAUUACAUGAUCGAUUUGCACAACUUAUGCACUCUUGUGUGGCAGCUGGACAGAGGCACUAGGUCAGCAACCGUAGCCGAAGAGGCUAAAUGGAUGACGGAGAUCAUGAUCGUGAUAUUCAUAGGAUCCAAGCCCGCGCAGCGCUACUUAGGACGGCACCACAUUCUUCCCAUCCUGAUGACGAAAGCGUGCUCCGUCCGUGACGACGUGCAGAUUCGAACUGCCGCCCUCGAGGUCGUCGCCAUAUCUUGUCGUGACUGCCGGCUCAAUCAAGAGCGCCUACGAGAAGGCGGAUGUAUCAGAAAGUUCGGUGCUUUGUUAUCUGAUUUGGAAGAAGAGGUCCGUAAGCGCGCAGCGAUGGGAAUGUUCUUCCUCCUCUACAACAACUCCGCUAAUCAGAACCGCGCAUUGGGCAUCAUGGAACUCGAAGAGCACUUGCGGCUGAUCGCAGUGUCCGACGAUUGGGGGAAAUGGAAAAGAAACUUCGCGAAAGACCUGAUGGAGCUCCUCGACUUCCACAUCCCAGAAUCUUCCACCGGUCCAGAUGACACCAUCACGCCGGCCCUCCCUCCAUAGCUUUUUCUUUUUUUUUCUUUUUUUUUUUUGAAAUGAAAAAGGGCCCAGUGC